CCAAGAAGAAGAUGAUGUUGACUCACUUGGUUGUGCGUCCUGGAUUGGGCUCAAAGACCGGUUCGAUGUCCAAACAGGAGCUUGAUGACAUUCUCAAAUUUGGUACAGAGGAGCUCUUCAAAGACGAGGCAGAAGGAGAGAAUAAAGAAGAGGACAGCAGCGUGAUUCACUAUGAUGACAAAGCAGUCGACCGGCUGCUGGAUCGUAACCAGGACGCCACAGAUGACACGGAGAUCCAGAGCAUGAACGAGUAUCUCAGCUCCUUCAAAGUGGCUCAGUAUGUGGUCAAGGACGAGGAGGAAGCGGUGAGUGUCAGUAAAGAGCACUGGGGACUGCUGGACAUGUGGGAUAACAGCUGGCACUAG